GAGCGAGCUUUGAAACAGGCUGGGAAAGAAAAUUUUUGCUUAUGCUUAUACCUUGUUGUGAGACAGUAUGUUUUCAUGUCACAACAAGAUGGGUAGAGCAAACAAACAGCUAUUCCUGCUCAGCUGCAGUCACCAUGUAUCCUUUCAUCCCUUGAAGAGUCCUGUGCUGUUUGCAGUGUUUUGGUAUGCAACCUACAAACUCCCUGUGUUGAGGUGCUCAUAGGUAUGAACUCUGGAAGCAUGCUGUGCUGGAGUCUGUUCUGAUGGACUACAUAAAGGUAACUGUAAUUUCAUGUAUGUGGGGAAACCUAGCUGUGCUUAUUUCUGUAGUAUAAAUGGAUAUUAUCUGCAUUUUUGGACUGCUUUAGAGCAUAAGAUGUAUUUGAAUUGCUGCUGGAAUUUGGAGGAAUGCUGGAAAACUGAUUAAAUAGCAAAAGAACUGCAAUGCAUCUUGAACUGAAGGUAGCUUAAGUAAGUCCUAAUGCAGCUCUUCAAUGUGGACUGCACUAAUGGGAGUCCUGAUUAUGUAAGUAUUGUAUAGACUGACACUAAGCAUAUAGAUGUUAUUGCUAAGGGAAAAUAUAACUUCAAUUUCUGUAUAGUAGCUAUUCACCUGAGUGAAAACUGUGCUUGUCUCUGGCUUUCUUCACAGCUAGUCUAGCAUUUUCCUUAUUUUUUUCUUGGAUUCCUUAGCCUCACGUCUCAUGUUCUUCUCUAGAUCUGUUCUUUCAUACUUGAGGUGUUCUGCUAUCACCACCACCUUCUGGCAUGACCUCAUUGCUCCUUCUUUGUCAGCAAUUGUCUGCCUCUUAAAAAAACAAAAUGAAACAGAUCACCAUCUUCUAUUGGUUAAUCUCAUACUUCCUAUUUAGAAAGUAUUUUUUCAUCAAUUAGAUGAAUUAGAAUGAAAUAGAAAAUAAUGUUGGAAUACUGAUAUCACAAGUACUUAAAAUAAUCUUAAUUAAAAAAUUGUCUUAAAUUGUGAUUAUUUUUUUUCCUAGUGUUUAUUGUUUUGAUUUUCAAGGCUUUCUCUGCAAAUAUAUUUUAGAAAUAGGAUCUUCAGCUAUGCAGUGUCUGGGGCUUUCAGAGGAGAUACCAAAGACACUGAAAACAUCAAGAAAUGAACAAAUAUUGCAUUGAUGUUAUUGUUGCUAACAUCUUGUGCUGUUACAUCAAAGCUAGGUUGUGGAAUUUCUCUUCAGCCUAGGGCAACUAUGGAAGGGAUGACUUGUAACCAUUUCUAAUAGAGGUGCAACAGAAUUACUGCAAGUUUGGGACUUGGUGUCACAGGAAUUGCAUGGCAGAGACGAACUCAGUCUACUUGAAAUCUUUUCAGAUGAAUUCCAUGCAGUUUAAAUAAGCAUUAGCUUAUUUUUAUAUAGCCUUUUUAUAGACUACCUGCUCCAUCUUGUUUCUCUGUCUCUUCUGGAACUGCAGAGGCUUUCUCUGAUAAUCCCCCUGCUGCUAAGUAUGUUCUUGCAUUUUCUCUAACUGUGACUUCUUUGUUGCCACCUCCUCCUGGUUCCUCCACUCUUUUAGUUUGUUUCUGUAACCUAAAACAAAAAUGAUUAUUAAUUGCUAUAGCAACCUUGAGUUUGCUUGAACAAUCUUGGCAGGAGGAGAAGUUCUUAGCUUGAAGAGCUAAGCAGAUUGCCUAAAUGAAGGAAAGAGAAAUUGGAAUAAAGAGAAAACAGGUGCUGGUUAGUGAUACUUAACAUAUGUCUGGUUGGUUUUGCAAAUUAGUAUUUAAAAAUUAAUGAAUUGUCUACUUUCCCUCCUAACAUCUGUAGGGGGAUAAAAACCUGAAUUACAAGUUUCAGAUGUGCUUUUGGGAGGACACAAGAGACUAAGAGGAAGUUAGGGAUACAAGUUAAGUGGAUACUCUGACAGGGAGUCAAGGGAUGGAGGACAGCACAAGGGGCAGGAAAUGUUCAGAGAACAAGAGCUGGGAGAAAUAUUUAAAGUACAUUUUCUUUGCAGAGUGAAAAUACAAACAUGAAACAAGAGCCUAGGAGAUGUGACAAGCGAGGAGGCAAUAAAAAAUAAGGAAGUCUUAGAUGUAAAUGGGAUGGUGAUCUAAAUAAGCUGUUUUUGUAGGAAGAUUCAUAAUGAGAAUAAGGGUUAUGAAAGAAAGUCAAGGAGGCUAAUAUUCUCCUUAUUCUGAAAUCACGUGGGUAAUUUGCAUCACUGACUGACACGUAAGGUCAUGGUCCAAACUAACUUGGGGUUCUUAGUCCUGCAGUUUCACUUGAAUGCCUACUUUCUUUUCCACAAACAGAGUUGAGUAGGGCAUGGUACUAAUCUGAAAAAAAGAAAAAAAAGCUUACCAAGUCAGACUUGUUCUUUUCCAACCAUGUGAUUUAAUAAAAGAUGAUAAAAAGUAAAAGAUGCUACUUCUAAAAACCUGCUUCUCUACAAAUACCCUCCCUUCAGCGUUAUUUCUAGGCUGCAGCUCUUCGAAGUCACCCAAGGAGGUCGCUGUUUCCCCCAGUAAAUACCAUUCUUAAAAAAAUACAGCAUAGAAACGGCAAUGAGGUGGUGCUAGAAGAGAAUAUGCUGUACUGUAUAAUUAGAACAUUUCAAAAGGUAAACAGAAACGUGAUGAUUAGGAUGCACCAGGGCUUGUUUCUGAUACUGACGUUUCUCAGAGCUUUGCCUUUAUUUUUUUCUUUAUGCCUCCACAGCAGCAGAGGUAAAGAACAGAAAAUGCUCUUACUGUUUUUAUUUCAUUUUAUUUUAUUUGUAGUACAAAAACUCUCCCUCAUUAAGAACUUAGAUUACUAUGAGAUGCCCUUAUGUAAUUGCAACCAUGCCAAGGUUUUUGUCAAGAAAACAUUCAGUAGUAGUUUUGGUGCUGUCUAUAAAGUGUUUGGUCUUCAUGGAAGUACCAUAAGCUAGAUAGAAUUGGCUGAAGAAGUGAAUUUGUGUAAUGACCAAUAGUGGUUCACUGUCAAUUUUUCAUUAAUGACUUGGAAUAAAGGUAAUUUUAGGACUCAAAAUUCAGAGUAACAGUAAAUGGACAGAAGUAUUGAAGUGUAUUUGGAACAAGCAAUGCUAAGCUUAGGAAAAACCUGCUGCUAAAAGAUGCAGCUUUAUGUACGCAUGCACCUCAGGUGAAAAUGUUUGUUCUCCACCUUGGAAUUUGCCUGAGGGUACAAGGUGAGUCUGCUGGCUCCUUCACAUUGUGUGCCAUAAUAGUCUUCUAUUACAUUAGCGGAUACUUGGUUAUAUAUAUUUCUUCAUACAUAAACAUGUAUAGGUUUGGAUAUAUACAUUUGGCUGGCAGAAAACAAAGCAAAGAAUACAGAGGUUUUACAUUAUUUUUCAGUUGUUUCCUUUUCACUUUAAAGGUCAUUGUUGCUAAGCACGUAUCCUCUGUGCUCCUCUGUUCUUUUUCCAACUUUGCUUUCAUUUUUUUUCCAUUUAUUCCUGCUGCUCUUGUUUUUUUCAGUUUGUUCUUGUUCCUUCCCUCUCAACAUCCUUCUUUCUGCUGCUCUUACUUUUUACCUUGCAGGUUUCUUCUUGCUGUUUUCCAGAAGGAAUCUGAACAGGAAUAUAAUAAUACAUGAGUUCCUUGAAAAAUGAUUUAUCUGUUACAAGUUAAUAUUUGAAAUUACUGGAAGGGAUAUGCUUUACAUAAUUCUUAAAGUAGAUUUGGCUUACGUAGGACUCUCUCUGUCACUGUGGCUGACUGUGUCUGUUUAUUUUUAUGUAGAGUACCAAAAAGAAAAAUGAGAGAACAGAAUAUCUAAAUACUUGCCUUCAUGAGACCUGUUAACUCUUACGUUUAUUUCCUAGUAUUUAAUGUCUCAAUAUAAGCUAUGUUUUCCAAACCUCUGCUAAGUUCAUGUUUUCUCUUGUAUUUUUUCCAAGUGUUUUGAAGUUGUAAUAAAUCAGAGAGUAGGCACAGGGAGUUUAGUCCCAAGAAAGAAUAAUGCUUUGAGGAAACUGGUAUUAAAAAAGGGGAGGUGGGGGGCAGGGCUGACAGCUGAGCUAUCAGCCAGAAUCACUGCAGUGAAAUCAGAAGGUUAUGAACUGUCAGCAACACAGAACCAAGGAUCUGUGGAAAGAGCUUGCAUCAGCAGAAGUAAGGCUUGGGUCCCCAUGGUCCUCCUGCCAUGGCCCUGGGUGUUGAUGCUCCUCAGAGCGAAGGAAACUGUUCUAGAAUUUGCAGUGAUUUAAGAUGCUGCUCUCUAAGCAUGUCCAAUUUCUGUUUUUUUCUUUUUUAACCUCAGUCUGCUCUCUCUUCAUGAAAAGGGAUAGAGGAGCACUUUGAAAGCUAGUCUUAGAGAUUUGUGUCUGGGAAUUGGAGCUUUUGCUGGGCAUUCUGUAGUGCAAAAUGGGAAUAGCUGCCAAGCGCUGCAGAGUGGCCCGUGCCCUUCUGUGCCUGCCUCAGCACCCAGCCUCCCUCUGCUUUGCGCCUCACUGCCUCUUUCGGUUUACGGAGGAGCACCUGCUUCCCGCCAAAACGAGACCUCCUCAGCGCUCCCUGAGGAGCUCCUUGUGGCUGCGAGUGCAGCUUUGUGCCUGCCAGGCUGGAGGAGGAGGCCAGCUGGGUGAGAUGAGGAAGGUGAGGGUGCAGGCUCCUUGGAGCUGGACUCCGAUUGGGUUCACCUGCUGCCCCUCGUGAGGUACUCACUGCCCUCACCUGCUGCAACAUGGCAGGCGGAAGCUGCUCCUUCUGUUUUUGUCAACCUGCCGAAAAACCUCCACGAGUGGUGGCUUCUCCCCGUGCCUGCCUGCAUGGCUAAUACUUGGGCAAAUAAAUAACUAAGAGAAUUAAGAGAAGGUCUGGUGCCCCUAUCGCAGCACGUCUGAGACGGGUUUGAGUCCUGAAGGAGCUGAGUGACCUCUUCCUACAGAGAAAGUAUGGGCGGGCCCCCUCUGAAGUCUCACCUUCUGUGCAGUACUGGACAUCUGGCCGUGGGCUGAUGUGACUGAGAUCUGCAGGCAAGCCUACAGAAAGGUGGUGAGAAGAAACAGCUUGAUGACCCUCAAGAACAAAAAUCUCCAUUUACUUGCACUUACAAACUCUUACCUGCUUUACCAAGGCAUCCUACAUCUGCCAAGAGAAGUUUGUUCUGGAAAAGGGAAAGAUCUGCUGUGAGAUUACACUGAGGCAUCUGACUUCUAUGGACCCCAAAGUAAAAGAAAGUAUCCCAGAUAACUGAGACCAAGCACCCUAAUACACGAAUGCAGAAUUCCCCGCAUGCCAGGUUCUCUGUCCUUCGACCACUGGAUCUGUUAAAGAAUUCAUUGUGGUGAAGCUGCAUGACUACCAUGAAAUUACAUCCACUCAAGCCCUAGUGUGGAGGUGGGCAGGAUGGAUGCCAGGGAGGUGAAGUGUGUUGACAGAACAAAAGCCAGUUUGUGGAGAGACUGUUUCUUUUGAAAGAGAGAUGAUUUGAUGGUGAUGGAGUGCUGCCACUGACAGAUGGACUCACAGGAAAGAAGCUCAGAAGAGGCAGAAGGAGCCAAAGAGAGAGGCCUGGUCUAUACCUGGAGGGCUGGUUCCUGCUCUGUAACUCCAGAAAGGCUUCCAGGCCUCUGUGGAAAGACUGUACUGCAGGCAGCCCUUGGUACAAAUCAUGGCUUACUUUUAACAGAAGGUGGUGAGGUCUACAGUUUUGGAAAACUGCCCUGGCGAUCAGGACCAGAGGAGUUCUGUGCUAAUAGUCCCAUUUUAGAAAAUACCUUGCUUGGGCAGCAUGUUAUUACAGUGGCAGCUGGCAGCUUCCAUAAUGGAGCUGUGACAGAAGGUGGUGUGGUGUACAUGUGGGGGAACAAUUCUUCUGGACAGUGUGCAGUUGCUAAUCAACCAUAUGUGCCGGAACCACAACCUAUCAGUAUUUCUGAUUCUGAAACCAGUCCUCUACUAUCAGUAAGGGUUUUGCAGCUAGCAUGUGGAGAAGAGCACACGUUGGCACUAUCACUAAGCAGAGAGAUAUGGGCUUGGGGGAGUGGCUGCCAGCUAGGUCUUAUAACAACAACUUUCCCAGUGACAAAGCCACAGAAGGUAGAGCACCUGGCAGGACGUGUUGUGCUCCAGAUUGCUUGUGGAGCCUACCACAGCCUGGCACUGGUACAAUGUCUCCCUGUGCAGGAGAUGAAGCCUAUUCCAGAGAGGUGCAAUCAUUGCAGUCAACUCCUCAUUACCAUGACAGACAAGGAAGAUCAUGUAAUCAUUUCCGAUAGUCACUGUUGCCCACUGGGCGUAGCGCUGGCUGAUAAACAACCAGAAAACCAUGCCUUCUGUUCUUCGUUGGAAAACCUGGAAGGAAAAAGUGUAACAGGUAGUCAGAGUGAAGACUGUAAGAAACCUCUUGUGGAAGAGCAUACACUUGUUGCUUUAGAAUCUGAUGGAGCAAGCUUACUUUCCAGCAACAAUGGACAGGAAGACAGUGGAAUUUCUAGCCCUGGAAAUAUUCUGUGUACUGACAAAAAAGAAGUGAAAGAAUACUUAAUCGGUUUAUCUGAUCACACAUUAAAUGAGAGCCUGGAGAAAAAUAUCUGCACAGAAUCUGAGCAGCCUUCUCAAGGAGAACAAAUAGGUGCUUGUAUCCCUGGUCCUCCAGGUACGAGUGCGUCUGCCUUAAACAGCCUGGUGGCCUCCUGUGCAUCAGCAGUUGGUGUGAGGGUAGCUGCUACAUAUGAAGCUGGAGCGUUGUCUCUAAAGAAAGUAAUGAACUUCUAUGGCACACCUGCAAAUGAGCCAGGCCCUCAGCCUGGCAGUGGUUCCACAGGGCCUGAAGCUCUGAAAGACAGUCGAGAAGAGCAGGUCAAACUGGAAUCAAUGCAGGGCAAGAAGAGUUCCAGUUUAGUAGAUAUUAGAGAGGAGGAAUCAGAAGGAGGAAGUCGAAGACUUUCCCUGCCUGGCCUGUUAUCACAAGUUUCUCCUAGGCUCUUACGGAAGGUAGGACGGGCAAAAAUGAGGACUGUGGCUCUGACUCCAACCUACAGUGGUGAGGCAGAUGCUCUUUUACCAUCUUUAAGAACAGAGGUAUGGAGCUGGGGAAGGGGGAAGGAUGGACAGCUAGGACAUGGUGAUGUUCUACCAAGGCUUCAGCCACUAUGUGUGAAAAGUUUAGAUGGUAAAGAAGUGAUUCAACUCUCUGCUGGUGGUCAUCAUUCCUUAGCACUCACUGCCAAAUCCCAGGUGUAUUCGUGGGGCAGUAAUAUCUUUGGUCAGCUUGGUCACACGAACUCCCCAACAACAGUCCCUCGACUUGCAAAGGUGUGUGGUGAUGGUGUUUGGAGUACAGCAGCAGGAUCAGAUUAUUCUCUCUUCUUAGCAGAUGAGGAAGACUUCCAACCUGGAUUAUAUUAUUGUGGUCAAGAGACAGCAACAGAUAAUUUGAGUGAAAAUAAUUGUAGUAAGAAUCCAGUUUUAUUACUAUCCUGUAGUAAGAUAGGAUAUAUAAGCAAUGUGAUAGCUGGUGGAGACAACUGUUUGGUCUUGGUAGACAAAAACAUAAUGGGAUAUAUUGCCAGUUUGCAUGAGUUGGCUUCUACUGAGAGAAGGUUUUAUUUCAGACUGAGUGAGAUCAAAUCUCAGGUUCUUAGACCUCUUCUAGGUUUAGAUAAUUUGGGCAAUGCAAAUACAAUCCAGUUGUUACAAGAAAUGGCAAGCAGGUUCAGCAAGCUGUGCUAUCUCAUCGGUCAACAUGGAGCUUCUUUAAGUAGCUUUCUUCAUGGAGUUAAAGAAGCCAGGAGUUUGGCCAUACUGAAGCAUUCCAGUCUCUUUUUGGAUAGUUACACUGAAUACUGUACUUCAAUAACAAAUUUCCUGGUAAUGGGAGGAUUUAUGCUUCUCGCAAAGCCUGCAAUAGACUUCUUGAGUAAAAGUCAGGAGCUGUUACAGAAACUGUCUGAGUAUAAUGAGGAAAACCCGCAACUAGUGGAUGUUCUAAAUGCUCUGUUUUUCAUGCCAUUUGGACGACUUCAUGAUUAUGCCAGAACCUUGCUAAAGCUUGCCACGUGCUUUGAAGUGGCAUCUCCAGAAUACCAGAAGCUACAAGAUUCUAGCUCUUGUUAUGAGACCCUUGCUGUCCAUCUCGGCAGAAAAAGGAAAGAAGCAGAAUACACACUCAGCUUCUGGAAGACGUUUCCUGGGAAAAUGACGGAUUCUUUGCGGAAGCCAGACCGUCGUUUAAUCUGUGAAAGCAGCAAUAGGGGGUUGUCCCUACAGCAUGCUGGAAGAUUCUCUGUGAACUGGUUUAUCCUUUUUAACGAUGCUCUGGUGCACGCUCAGUUUUCAACGCACCAUAUUUUUGCUUUGUCCACGCUGUGGGUAGAAGCUCUUUCAGAAGAAGCUGGUAAUGUGAAUGGAUUGAAGAUUACAACACCAGAAGAACAGUUUGUUCUGCUUUCUUCAACACCACAGGAAAAGACGAAGUGGCUGAGGGCAAUAAGUCAAGCAGUGGAUCAGGCCCUUAAAGGGACUUCUGAUUUAAUUCUAUAUGGAGCUGGUGGGAAUGUUCCAAGACAGGAGCCUCCUAUUUCUCGCAGUGCCAAAUACGCCUUCUAUAAGGACCCUCGAUUUAAAGAUGCUGUUUAUGAUGGGAGAUGGCUCUCAGGAAAACCCCAUGGCAGAGGGAUCCUAAAGUGGGCUGAUGGAAGAAUGUACUCAGGGACCUUCCGAACUGGACUGGAGGAUGGGUAUGGCGAAUACAGAGUGCCAAAUAAAGCCUUGAAUAAAGAUGACCACUACGUGGGGUACUGGAAGGAAGGCAAAAUGUGUGGGCAUGGAGUCUACAGCUAUGCUACUGGUGAAGUAUAUGAAGGAUGCUUUCAAGAUAAUAUGCGUCACGGCCAUGGCCUGCUGCGCAGUGGGAAGCUUACCUCUUCUUCUCCUAGUAUGUUCAUUGGACAGUGGACAAUGGAUAAGAAGAGUGGUUAUGGUGUUUUUGAUGAUAUUACAAGAGGAGAAAAGUAUAUGGGAAUGUGGCAAGAUGACCUUUGCCAAGGCAAUGGUGUUGUGGUUACUCAGUUUGGAUUGUAUUAUGAGGGAGCCUUCAGCACUAACAAAAUGAUGGGGACUGGCAUUCUGCUUUCUGAGGAUGAUACAGUUUAUGAAGGGGAAUUUUCAGAUAACUGGACUCUGAGUGGAAAGGGAACACUGACCUUGCCAAAUGGAGAUUAUAUUGAAGGUCUCUUCAGUGGAGAGUGGGGAUCUGGAAUAAAAAUCACAGGAACCUACUUCAAACCUAGCUUAUAUGAGAGUGAGAAGGAUAAGCCUAAAGCAUUGCGGAAACUUGGGAUCCUGGCAGUGCCUCCUGAUGAGAAAUGGAAGGCUGUAUUUGAAGAAUGUUGGAACCAGCUUGGCUGUGAGAGUCCAGGCGAGGGUGAUAGAUGGAAGGCUUGGGACAACAUUGCAGUGGCUCUGACCACCAACCGACGGCAACACAAGGACAGUCCAGAAUUACUGAGCCGUUCUCAUACUCAGACACUGGAAAGUCUGGAAUUCAUUCCGCAACACGUUGGUGCCUUCACCUUGGAAAAAUAUGAAAAUAUAAAAAAAUAUUUGAUAAAGGCAUGUGAUACUCCUCUCCAUCCAUUGGGCAAGCUUGUGGAAACACUAGUAGCUGUCUACAGAAUGACUUAUGUUGGAGUAGGAGCUAAUCGACGAUUACUGCAGGAGGCAGUAAGAGAGAUCAAGUCCUACCUCAAACGCAUCUUCCAAUUGGUUAGGUUCUUGUUCCCUGAUCUUCCGGAAGAGGGCAGCACAAUUCCAUUUCAGCCGACGGAAGUAAAGGGAAGGCGUUCAUUCUGCAGUGGGAAAUCUGACUCCAGAUCAGAGUCCCCUGAGCCAGGCUAUGUGGUAACCAGUUUUGGCUUGCUACUCCCUGUACUACUGCCACGUCUCUAUCCACCUCUGUUUAUGUUAUAUGCCUUAGACAACGAGCGUGAGGAAGAUAUUUACUGGGAGUGUGUCUUACGUCUAAACAAACAAACUGAUAUGGCUCUUCUAAGUUUUCUUGGAGUGCAAGCGAAAUUCUGGCCAGGAACUGUAUCCAUCCUUGGUGAGAGUAGAAAGGUAUCAUCAAAUACAAAAGAUGCCUGCUUUGCCUCUGCAGUUGAGUGUUUACAGCAAAUCAGUACCACAUUUACACCAGCAGACAAACUGAAGGUAAUCCAGCAGACUUUUGAAGAGAUAUCUCAGAAUGUACUUGAGAGCCUUCAGGAAGAUUUUCUGUGGUCUAUGGAUGACCUUUUCCCUGUUUUUCUCUAUGUGGUGCUACGAGCCAGGAUAAGGAAUUUGGGGUCUGAGGUGCACUUAAUUGAAGACUUGAUGGAUCCUUACCUGCAACAUGGGGAACAAGGCAUCAUGUUUACCACUUUAAAGGCGUGCUACUACCAGAUUCAACAUGAGAAGCUUACCUAGACCACCAUCUACAGCGUGUCUGGGAUUAUCUACUGAGUGGAACUUCAGUGACACCACUUUAUUUCCUGACAUGACACUUAAAAUUGAGAAUACUCUGAUGUUUCAGUUCUGUUGUUACAGAUGAAAACAUUCAGUUAUGUGUGAACUUUCAAUUUUAAUAUUGAAAAACUGCAGCCAGAGGCUACCUGUGAAGUGGUGAUGAAGACCAGAACUUGAUUUGUUGAGUAUUUGCCAAGAGGAAAUAAUUUCCUAUUCUAACAGAUCAUUUACUCGUUUUAAAUUAAAAAUACUACAAAAAGGCAUGGCAUCUAUGUAGAGUACAUGUAAAAGUCUGGAUCGCAUGGCUUCUAAAGCAGUAGGUUUCUUUUUUUAUUCCUGGUUUGUCAACAGAAGUGUUUAAACAGGAUGAGUUGCACCACAGAACCAUUCAGUCUUCCUGAAUUAAGCUAUUAGAUUUGUUUGUUUAAGAAUAGAAAUGUUAGAAUUAAUAAUGGAUAUCCUAUAGUUGUUUUGGCUGUAUAAGUUCUGAGGCAUCUUUGUAAAAGAGAGUUACUGAAUGCAGUAUUAAUGUGCUAUUUUAGAACUAAUCACACUAUUAUGGACUUGCCUGUUUACCAGAAAUUACGUACAGGCAUUCACCAUGCUUUCUGUUUAUGAAAUGAUUAAAAAGGCACUGACUAAUUCAAA